AAUUUGAGUAUUCAUUUAACAAAUGACAUUAGCUAAAAGAUUAUACUAUUGUGUUUGUAUUCAAUAUUCAUUACAUUGAAAAGUAACUUUAGUAUGCUAUCUGAAAGUGGACUAGAAAUGAAAACAACUAAAAAAACUGCGGCUAUACACAUUACUAACGCGUUUAAAGCAUUUUCUUCGGAUUGUAUGGUGUUAAAUGGUUUAAAUAUGAAUGUACCUUCGGGUUCUAUCUAUGGACUCUUAGGUUCUAGUGGUUGUGGUAAGACCACUUUAUUGAAUGUAGUCCUAGGAAAACUAUCACUCGAUUCUGGAUCUAUAUACAUCGGAACAGACAGUGUAUCCGACAUAGGCUAUAUGCCACAAGAUUUAUGUUUAGAUAAACUGCUAACAAUCCGUGAAACAUUGGAGUAUUAUGGUCGCCUAUACUUGAUGAAUGAUGAGUGUAUUAAAGAAAACACUGAAAGAUUAAGUAGAUGGUUGAAACUUCCGCCAAUUAACUGUAUAUUGAAUAAUCUUAGCGGUGGCCAAGUCAGGAGAGUUUCAUUAGCUGUAGCAUUAAUACACGAUCCAAAAAUAUUAAUACUUGAUGAACCUACAGUGGGAAUCGACCCAAUACUAAGACACGAAAUUUGGCAAGAAUUACUAAGAAUAGUUAACGAGAAAGAAAAAACAAUAAUAAUCACUACUCAUUAUAUAGAAGAAGCACAUUUAGCUCAUACGAUAGGUUUAAUGAGAAACGGUGUUAUAAUCAGAGAAAAUUCACCUAAUAACUUAUUGGCGUCUCAAAAUGCAAAUUCUCUGGAAGAAGCAUUUUUGUCAUUGAGCACAAGUCAAGAUAAAAUUAUCCAAUGUGGUCAAAGUCACAAUUUUGACACAAAGAAUAGCAAAAAAUGUACAGCUUUUUACAAAUCUGUAAAUAAUUUGUCUUUAAAAAGGAUAUCAUCUUUAUUAAAAAAAAAUUUUAUCAUAUGCACUCGAGACUAUCAGUUUGUAUUUUUUAUUAUAUUAUUUCCAGUUUUAGUUUCUUUUGUUUACAAUAUGGCUAUUGGUAGAAAUUUUGAAAAUGUUAAACUGUUGUACCAUAACAACGAAAUUCGCCAUUGUAAAAAUUUUAGCUACGGAGGUGAAUCUAUAAAAAUAAAAAAUGAAAAUUAUAAUUCAGUGAAACUUAGUUGUAAAAUUAUAGAUAAACUUCGAUCUUUAAGUUAUAACAUGGUACAUGUAAAUAGCCAAGAAGCUGGUGAUUUGGAGGUAAAAAAGGCUAAAGCGUUUGCUUUUAUUCAAUUUCCCGAUAAUUAUACGAUCGCCCUUCGAAAUUAUACUAGCCAGUCUUCAUUACUAUAUGCUAAGAAAUAUUCAUCUAGCUCAUUUGCGUACGUACAUAUUGACUCGGCAAAUGUAUUGAUAAAAAAUCAAAUUUUGCAUGACUUGAAUAUAGCAUUUGUUGACAUUAUAAAGGUUGAUUUGGAAAAUUUAGGAUCAGGAAAAGUAAACCUAGACUUUUUUAAAAUCAAUUAUGUACAAGGAAAGGAAGUUAAGUCAUAUAUCCAUUGUAUUGCAACUAUGUUUGUGACAAUGAUAGGAUUUUAUUUUUCAAGUAUUAUUUCAACGGGAAUCAUGUUGAAUGAAAAAAUGGAGGGAUAUCUCGAUAGAGCCAUUACAGCAGGAGUAAAAAUAACAGAAGUAAUGAUUUCAAUAGCGUCGAUACAAACUGUUAUACAUGUGUUUCAUAUGAUUUGUAUCAUGAUCAUCACAUAUAUGAUUUUUGAUAAUCCAAUAAAAAUCACAAAUGGCUUGUAUGUUUUUGGAAUUGUGUCCAUAUUGACUGGUUGGCUGGGUUUGCUUACAGGUUUUUUAAUUGCGGGACUAUCGAAGUCAAGCACAGAAGCACUAAAUAUUAUUAUCAGCUGGAAUAUGAUUCAAAUUUACGUUUCAGGUGUAUCAUGGCCUUUAGAAGCUCAGCCUACUAUUAUGAAAGCAAUAUCUGAACAUUUACCGUUGUGCUAUCUCAGUAGGUUUAUGAACAACAUUGCUCUAAAAGGUUGGACACUAGACAAUAUGGCAAUGUGGACGGGUUCUGGAAUGACAAUUUUUUAUAUAUUUUUGCAUUUUUUAUUUCUUUAUUAUUUAAGUAGUGUAAAACAGGAAGCGUGGCUACUUAAAAAAUAGUCGUAUACAUUUUGUUUAUUAUUACAAUGAUUUAACUUGAUGAGAAUAUAUCAAUGUGUAUUAAAAUAAAUAUUAUUUAUACUAUAU